AAUUUAAAGACCUUUAUUUAUGUUUUUAAAAGAAAUUUAUUUGAGAAACAUAAAAACACAACAAUAUAUACUACCUUAUAAAACAGACAAUAAUAACAUACGUUUUUGCAGGCAUAAACAUUCAGGUUACUAAUGACAGUUGGGUAGGUCUAAUAGUUAUGAGCAUAUGAACCAUAUUUAUGAAGAAAUUGGUCAUAAUGGGAAAGGUAUAAAUGCAUAUCACUAUGGUUGUUAAUUGUAUAUACACAGCUUUUUAACUGUGGUCAUCUGAAAUACUGUGCCCAACAACCUUAAGUCUUUUGACGAGAUUGAUCAAAACCAUGAUGGGUCACCACUGCAUAUGCAGUCACUCAAAGAGCUGAGAUCUCAGGAAAUUUUAUCUUUUACAAAUGCAGAUGUAUGUAAAGGAUAUCUCUUCAUUUAUUGAGGAAGUGACAACGUUUUAUGUACACACUCAAUGCUUAUACACAGUCAGUAUUGUGAUGAUGUACUUUCAUGGAGUCAGAUUUCUGAUAUCCAAGCAGCAGAACCCAGAGAAUCCAUUUUGCUAUUUUGUCUUUUUUUUUUCUUUGAGACAGUCUGUCACCCAGGCUGGAGUGCAGUGGCGUGAUCUUAGCUCACUGCUGCAAUCUCUUGUUCUUCGCUUCAAGCGAUUCUCCUGUCUCGGCCUCCCAAGUAGCUGGAAUUACAGGCAUGAACCACCACACCUGGCUAAUUUUUGUAUUUUUAGUCGCCAGGGUUUUGCCCUGUUAGUCAGGCUGGUCUGGAACUCCUGACCUCAGGUGAUCGACCCACCUUAGCCUCCCAAAGUGCUGGGAUUACUGGCAUGAGCCAUUUUGCCCUGCCCAUUUUGUCUUUUGUAUUUGUUCCCUCCUGGCCACUGGCUGGAUGGUGUCCGCUAACAUUGAGGGCAGAUAGUUUCCAUCUAGUACACUCAGAUUUACACACUAACCUCUGGAAAUACCCUCACAGACACACCCUGACUGUGUAAAACAAAAUAAUGUUUUACCAGGUUUCCGGUAUUCCUUAAUCUAGUCAAGUUGAUACGUAAAAUUAGGUCCAUAAGUUCACCCCUUGUCAACUUGGCACUCAAACGCAUCUCCUUAAGCCAUACUUAAUUUCCAAAUAAAUUACAAGGUAGGCCCAUGUAACCCGGUCUGUGCAGCAAAGGAAACGGUGGCCGCGGCGCGAGCCCCUUGGGGGUUAGAGGUCACCAUGCUAAGGGCCGCGUGGAGGAUGCUGAGUUUGAUUCAGACCCAGGCAGUCACCCAGGCCUCAGGCCCCGGGCUGCCGAGCUGUGGGAGCGCCAGAUUUCCUUCCAACCAGUGGGGCCUGCAGCCUCGAAGUCUCCUCCAGGCCACGCGCAGAUAUGUCAUCCAGAAACCAGCAGUCCUGCCCAGGCAAGAUGAUGACCCGCCUCCUUCUACGCUGCUUCAAGACUACCAGAAUGUCCCUGGAAUUGAGAAGGUUGAUGAUGUUGUGAAAAGACUCUUGUCUUUGGAAAUGGCCAAAAAGAAGGAGAAGCUAAAAGUCAUACAAGAACAGUUGAUGAAAAAGAUUGUUGAAAACCCUGAGGACACCAGAUCCCUGGAGGCUCGAAUUGUUGCCUUGACCAUCAAGAUCCCCAGUUAUGAAGAACACAUGCAGAAACAUCGAAAGGACAAAGCCCCCAAAUGCUAUCUACUGAUGAGCAUCGACCAGAGGAAAAAGAUGCUCAAAAACCUCCGUAACACCAACUAUGAUGUCUAUGAGAAGGUAUGCAAGGAGCUGGGGAUUGAGUACACCUUCCCACCUCUAUAUUACCGAAGAGCCCACCGCCGAUUCGUGACCAAGAAGGCUCUGUGCAUUCGGGUUUUCCAGGAGACUCAAAAGCUGAAGAAGCAAAAAAGAGCUUUAAAGGCUACAGCAGCAGCCCAAAAACAAGCAAAGCAAAGGAAACCAGACAGCCCUGCCAAAGCCGAACCAGAGAUACUCGGAGACAACCAAUAAAUUCUGUUCAAUCAUUAAAAAAAAAAAAAAAAAAAAAAAA